GCACUUAAUUGUUGCCACAGCCACAGAUGUAAAGAGGCUUGUAAGAAAAAUGUUCUCACAGUGAGCUUCCUUAUUUGAAGCAGGACUCAAUUCUUGGUUAAAAGCUAUGGUAUUUGAGCUAGUUAAACACAUAUCUCUCUCCCAUUCCAUAGGGAAUGAGCUGGGCUGUCCUUCUCCCCACGUUCACCUGCACUUCGUUAGAGAGCAGUGUUCACAUGCCACACCACAAGAUCCCCACAAUGACAUAACUCCAUUCAGAGACUGGCGUGACUGGGCUGGGUCUCCCCACCCCCCUUCAGCUCUUGUAUCACUCAGAAUCUGGCAGCCAGUUCCGUCCUGACAGAGUUUACAGCAUAUAUUGGUGGAUUCUUGUCCAUAGUGCAUCUGCUUUAAGAAUUAACGAAAGCAGUGUCAAGACAGUAAGGAUUCAAACCAUUUACCAAAAAUGAGUCUAAGUGCAUUUACUCUCUUCCUGGCAUUGAUUGGUGGUACCAGUGGCCAGUACUAUGAUUAUGAUUUUCCCCUAUCAAUUUAUGGGCAAUCAUCACCAAACUGUGCACCAGAAUGUAACUGCCCUGAAAGCUACCCAAGUGCCAUGUACUGUGAUGAGCUGAAAUUGAAAAGUGUACCAAUGGUGCCUCCUGGAAUCAAGUAUCUUUACCUUAGGAAUAACCAGAUUGACCAUAUUGAUGAAAAGGCCUUUGAGAAUGUAACUGAUCUGCAGUGGCUCAUUCUAGAUCACAACCUUCUAGAAAACUCCAAGAUAAAAGGGAGAGUUUUCUCUAAAUUGAAACAACUGAAGAAGCUGCAUAUAAACCACAACAACCUGACAGAGUCUGUGGGCCCACUUCCCAAAUCUCUGGAGGAUCUGCAGCUUACUCAUAACAAGAUCACAAAGCUGGGCUCUUUUGAAGGAUUGGUAAACCUGACCUUCAUCCAUCUCCAACACAAUCGGCUGAAAGAGGAUGCUGUUUCAGCUGCUUUUAAAGGUCUUAAAUCACUCGAAUACCUUGACUUGAGCUUCAAUCAGAUAGCCAAACUGCCUUCUGGUCUCCCUGUCUCUCUUCUAACUCUCUACUUAGACAACAAUAAGAUCAGCAACAUCCCUGAUGAGUAUUUCAAGCGUUUUAAUGCAUUGCAGUAUCUGCGUUUAUCUCACAACGAACUGGCUGAUAGUGGAAUACCUGGAAAUUCUUUCAAUGUGUCAUCCCUGGUUGAGCUGGAUCUGUCCUAUAACAAGCUUAAAAACAUACCAACUGUCAAUGAAAACCUUGAAAACUAUUACCUGGAGGUCAAUCAACUUGAGAAGUUUGACGUAAAGAGCUUCUGCAAGAUCCUGGGGCCAUUAUCCUACUCCAAGAUCAAGCAUUUGCGUUUGGAUGGCAAUCGCAUCUCAGAAACCAGUCUUCCACCGGAUAUGUAUGAAUGUCUACGUGUUGCUAACGAAGUCACUCUUAAUUAAUAUCUGUAUCCUGGAACAAUAUUUUAUGGUUAUGUUUUUCUGUGUGUCAGUUUUCAUAGUAUCCAUAUUUUAUUACUGUUUAUUACUUCCAUGAAUUUUAAAAUCUGAGGGAAAUAUUUUGUAAACAUUUAUUUUUGUUAAAGAAAAGAUGAAAGGCAGGCCUAUUUCAUCACAAGAACACACACAUAUACACGAAUAGACAUCAAACUCAAUGCUUUAUUUGUAAAUUUAGUGUUUUUUUAUUUCUACUGUCAAAUGAUGUGCAAAACCUUUUACUGGUUGCAUGGAAAUCAGCCAAGUUUUAUAAUCCUUAAAUCUUAAUGUGCCCCAAAGCUUGGAUUAAAUACAUAUGGAUGUUUACUCUCUUGCACCAAAUUAUCUUGAUACAUUCAAAUUUGUCUGGUUAAAAAAUAGGUGGUAGAUAUUGAGGCCAAGAAUAUUGCAAAAUGCAUGAAGCCUCAUGAACUUAAAUAAGUAUUUUUAGAAUAAGAAUUUGCAUACUUACCUAGUGAAACUUUUCUAGAAUUAUUUUUCACUCUAAGUCAUGUAUGUUUCUCUUUGAUUAUUUGCAUGUUAUGUUUGAUAAGCUACUAGCAAAAUAAAACAUAGCAAAUGGCA